AUGGCGCCCUGGCACUCGCGGGCGACCGCGGGGGGCUGCUCGAACACGAGGCGGCCCAGCACGAUGCGCGAGGCAGAUAUCGCCGCGUUGGGCCCCUCUGUGGCCCGCCAGGCCGCGCGGCGCCGGCGAUACGUCGCGCUCGAGGCGGCGGCGCACGGAGCUGCCCGCGCUGGCGCUGGCACCAACGUGAUGGCGAUGCUGCACGAGGCCAUGAGCGCCUACAACUGCGAUUCGUGCGACAAGGAGCUGCGUGGCAGGCAGCAUGAAUGCAAACACAUCGUUGUUCAGGUGCCAGGCACUGGCGACUGCAACGACGUGCAGGGCCACGACGGCAACCUCGGCUACGACGGCCUGGACGACGACAACUGCACACUUCGGCGCCAGCUGCGGACGGGGUGCGCCUUCAAAGUCGCCGGGGAUUUCAUUCUCAAGCUGCCGGGCCCCGACGGCUUCGCGGACGACGCUGUGCUCAUGCCGGUGGACGUGCGUGGUUUCACGGCAAAGGUCGACAGCAUCGAGGCGGAGAGCACCGAGCGGGCCUGCAUCGCCCUGGAGCGCGAGUGCGGCGCUCUCCGGGAGGCCGCAGCCGCCGCCCGCCUCGAGGCGGACCGGCUGCGCGCCGAGGAGCGGUCGCUCCGGCGCUCCCGCCACGGGCGCGACGCGCCGCUCCAGAGGCCCAGCGACUUGCUGGCCAUCGAGCAGGAGUGCCAGCGGGUGCAGGCCGCGUCGGCGUCGCUGCAGCGCAGGGUGGCCCUGGAGACGGCCCUGGGCCCCGCGACGGCGGCCCUCCGCAGG